GCAGUACAGCGUGUGAGCAAACGUGCCAAUGAUCCGUACUCCUUCCUACGGCAACAACAAUGCUUCUGCUCCGGCCAUCCGUUGAAAGCAAAGCAGACACACAUUUCCUUCUCGUCACCAUGUCAUGACUCGUGAGAGAAUCCGAACUUCACGCAGCAGUAGCGAGCAGAGGGCAUUAUCAUGAAGCCAGAGCCCGAAGAUGAACCACCGCAGCAGCAGCAGCAGCCGGAGGCCAAGCCCAGGAGGCUCUACCAAGCCUGGAAGGGGAACAACAUAUUCCUGUGCGGUGGCCGGCUGAUAUUCGGACCAGAUGCCGCAUCCCUGCUGCUCACGACGUUCCUCAUCAUCAGCCCAAGCAUCAUCUUCUGCUACCAGAUGAAAGCCAAAUUCCACCACUCUAGUAGUACUGGCCAACAGCAUAUGCAUCAAGCAGCAGUGUUGAUAGUCAUCAUCACCACGAUUGUGGACCUGGUCUUCCUCUUCCUGACAUCUGCAAGAGACCCAGGAAUAGUACCAAGGAACACAAGAGCACCACCUGAAGCUGAUGAAUUACUGCUUGGCUCCAACACACCAUCCAUGGACUGGAGUGAUGGGAGAACCCCACGGAUGAGGUUUCGCCGGACCAAGGACGUCAUUGUGAAUGGCUUCACGGUGAAGGUGAAGUUUUGCGAGACCUGCCUGCGGUACCGCCCGCCACGAUCCUCACACUGCUCCAUCUGCAACAACUGUGUCCACAAGUUUGACCACCACUGCCCAUGGGUUGGUCAGUGCAUUGGACUUAGGAAUUACCGCUACUUCUUCCUUUUCAUAGCGACAUCAACUUUCCUGUGCAUAUUCGUCUUUAUUUUUGCAUGGCUGAGUGUCUACAGCCAAAUGGAAGACAAUGGUGGCUCCAUGUGGAUGGCCUUGCGCAAGGAAGCAUACUCUUUUGCGCUAAUCAUAUAUACUUCCAUUGUUGUUUGGUUUGUCGGUGGCCUCACCGUAUUCCAUCUAUAUCUGAUCGGCACUAAUCAGACAACAUAUGAGAACUUCAGAUACCAUUACGACAAGAAAGACAAUCCCUACCGAAAGAGAAUUGCAGCAAACUUUGCGGAAGUGUUCUUUACCAAGAUACCUCCUCCAAUGACCAAUUUCCAUUCGUGGGUCGGUGAGGGUGCACUUGAAGCUGGAUUCUACACUCCAUACAUUGAGCUGGAUGUGACAAGCCCAAGGGAGAAGAUUGAUCUAGACAGGGAAAACAAAGAAGUACUUCUUGGGGGCGUGCAGAUCCCAACAGUACUUCAGAACAUAGACUAUGGUUCCUUUGAAGAUAGCUCAGAGGACAAGAACAGGAUUGGGGGUGAAAAAACAGUGCAUUUUCCUUCAGCUUGGGCACAGGGAAAUGAAGGUGCUGGAACAUCUGCAACAGCUACCGCAGCAUGCAACGAUGAAACAAGCGAGGACGAUCUUAAUGAAAUUGAUAGUCCGAAUAUAACUUCCACCCAAGCAUCUGCAGAAGCUAACACAGAACCACCAGGUGAGGGUGAUGCUAUAAAGAAAGUAAUAGUUCAAACAGAACUGACCAAUCUCCAGAAGAUAUGAUCAAACAGCUUACUUUAGCUGUGUAUAUCUGGAAACUUGUUUAUAGAUAACUAUAUAUGGCCAUUGUGAUUUGUGGUUGACAUGAUUCUUUAUAACAUACAUGAUAAAUAAAAAAUGGAAAGUGUAGUACUAUUCUUAUCUAUAGCUCAAAACAUGUUUUCAACAAGAGUGUACUAAGGUGAAUUAAUUUUUAUAUCUCCCAUGUAUUGUUCAAAAUAAAAAAUCAAUUUCAUUAUUUACAAGCAUGUUAACCUUGGAUGAGAAAAGUGG